AUGCCUGAAAUUACCCCACUGCAUGAUCAAACUCCUCCAAAUGAAGCUACAAAAGAUGAGAUACAAGAAGGUUGGAAAGGGGAUCACCUAAUCAAGAUAUGCGCAACAGAUGGUCAAGAAAGAUUUAAGGAUUUGAAUAAAUCGUCAACCAAAUCUUGUACUAUAUUCAAAGCAAAUGUGGUACUACAUGAAUCAAAUUCAGAUGCUUAUAAGCCAAAAUUGAUCUCUAUUGGUCCUUACCAUAAAAAGAAUCCACAACUUCGCUCAAUGGAGAACUAUAAACUGCGUUAUUUACAACAGUUUCUCCAGAGGAAAUUGGGGAUUGAUGUGGAGAGUUGCAUUAGGGAAAUGGAAAAACUGAAGGAUGAAGCACUAAAGUGUUAUGAUGAUAUAGGGGACCUUGACCCUGAUAUUGUUGGCAAAUUUUCGGAAAUGCUAUUGCUUGAUGGCUGUUUUAUAGUCGAGUAUAUGCGAGAGGUUUUUCAGAUUAAGAGAGAAGCAGAAGACAAGAUUGUCAAUGCGGAAUGGAUGGUAAGCCUAAUAGACCGAGACCUGCUCCUGCUAGAAAACCAACUUCCUUUCUUUGUCCUCACCAAGCUUCAUGACAUGACCAAGCUGGAUCCUGAAGAAUCAUUAUUGAAAAUGGUUAAAUAUAACUUUUGUGGUAGUUUACCGAGGGUGACUCCUAAAUACUUAAGUCAAACUCAUUGUAAUGUCAAAGGCAUCAAACAUUUACUUCACGUCGUACACACCUGUGUAGCUUCUCACCAACUUAGCCGCCAGAGAUCUCAUUUUGUAACAUUUGAGUCCGAAUGGACGCUAAAAGCUAAGGAUUCUGAAAUAUGGCAUGAUCUAGUGAGAAGUGCAACAGAGCUUGAUGAAGCUGGUGUCAAGUUCUCCAAAGUUGGUGAUAUUUAUAGAAUGCUGGACAAAGAUAACAUGGGUGAUAGUACGAGUUUAUUUGAUAUCAAUUUUGAUGCUGGAUUGAUGAAAAUCCCUUGCUUCGAAGUCGUUACUGGAACAGAGACUAUGCUGAGAAAUCUCGUUGCUUAUGAGCAACAUUCUUCUGAUGUAUAUCAUAAAUAUUUCACAGAUUAUGUAGUUCUUAUGGAUCGGCUUAUCAACUCAGAAAAAGAUGUGAAAUUGCUUCGCUUGAAGGGAAUCAUCAGAAACCGGAUCGGGGACGACAAUGAGGUAGCUGUCAUAUUUAACAAACUUGGAGAAGGAGUCAUCCCUUCAACUCAGUUCUAUUACAAAGAAACUUGCAAAAAGGUGGUUAAGCAUUGUGAUAAAAGAUGGAAUAGAUGGAUGGCAAAUUUGAGACACAAUUACUUUAAUGGUCCUUGGGUGGGACUUUCAACUGCAGCGGCCGUCUUUCUCCUCGUCCUCACACUUAUGCAAACAGUUCUAACUUUCGUAAGUACUCUUUAAGU